AUAUUUGUCAAAUAAGUUUUGCAGUUUGCUUUUAUAUUGUUUUUCGUAAACAAUUGCCAUAAUUACAAACAAGUUGAGUAUAAUUUCUGGACGGACAUUAAUUAUUUUAUAUUUAAGGGAGUAAAUAUUACCAUAAAAUCUCAUUUAUAUGCCAGUUCUUUUUAAGUAAAUUCAAAACCUAUUCGUACUCGUUUAUGGUGGACAGCAGCAAAUGACAAUGGACAAAAUUGACAGUGAUAUAUUAAAAGUUAUAAAUUCUUUGGAAUGUGCUAAAAAACAAUGUCUCCAUUGUAAAGAUGGUAUUGCAGCUAUAACAAGUACUAUUCGAAAUACUCUGUUGGAAAUUAAUGACAUUCAGGAGCGAAAUCAGGACCGUCGUCAUGGAGAGCUUAUGGCUUUAUUUGAAAAGUAUUUCAAAAAUGAUCAAUGUAAAGUUUUUGGAACAUCCGCGAAUGUAAGUUUAGAAAAUUCAACAGAUUCUUCCAAUUCGUUGAACAGUGAACAUUUCGUUAAGGAUGUGGAACAGCCACAAGUUGACAAGCAAGCUGAAAAUAUUAUUGUUUCGAAGACACAGGAAAAUAAGCAAUCUGUGAAUGUACGAAAGCGUCGUGUAAGUUUAAGAGAAAACGUUACACAAGCAACACCUUCGAAAAAUUCUACGGAGGAAAUCAACAGUUUCAAAGUAGAGCCUAUAUCAUGUACUAGUCCAACGGAAAGGGUAAAUGUGAAAGCAAAUCAAAGAGAUGAACUUAUUGCCAUGCGUGAAAAAAUGCUUGCCAUUCAGCGACGAAAAAUGGAGGAUCGAGAACGUAGAAAACGUGAGAGUAGUGCUAGGUAGAGCAUUAAAACAAUGUUAUAUUUUCAUAUUAUCUUAAAUAUUUAUAAAUAAAGGUACAAAUAUAUUA